GUCUGUGCUCUUUGUUUUGAAAGAAAUAGGUGGAAUACCUCUGGGGUUUUCUCUGGCUAAUUGUGUUCAAUAGCAUUUUGUUGUUCGCAGCUAUAAUUGCUUUGUGUCACAUUCUUUAUCAUCUCGCUGGGCAAAGCUUCAUUCUAGUUCUUGUUGGAAAUGUCUUCUGAGACACUGCUCUGUGAAUUUGAGCCAACGCAGUGAUGGCCUCUUAAGCAAAAGCCUUUGGAAUAUAAAGCACAAGGGUGUUUUCCAUCUCAGGUGGAUUUUGCUUCUUCUUUCAGGUGUCCUGAAAAAUGGCUGAUGAUAUUGAUAUUGAAGCAAUGCUUGAAGCUCCCUACAAGAAGGAUGAGAACAAAUUGAGCAGUGCCAAUGGCCACGAAGAACGCAGCAAGAAGAGAAAAAAGAGCAAGAGCCGAAGUCGAAGCCAUGACAGGAAGAGGAGCAGAAGUAAGGAACGCAAACGGAGCCGAGAUCGGGAAAGGAAAAAGAGCAGAAGCCGGGAAAGGAAACGGAGCAGAAGCAAAGAACGCAGACGCAGCCGUUCUAGAAGUAGAGAUCGCAGAUUCAGAGGCCGCUAUAGAAGUCCCUAUUCUGGUCCAAAAUUCAACAGUGCCAUCAGAGGGAAGAUUGGUCUGCCUCACAGCAUCAAAUUAAGCAGACGACGCUCCAGAAGCAAAAGUCCCUUCAGAAAAGACAAGAGCCCUGUUAGAGAACCUAUUGAUAAUCUUACCCCUGAAGAGAGGGAUGCUCGAACAGUAUUCUGCAUGCAGCUGGCUGCAAGAAUUCGACCGAGAGACCUGGAGGAAUUUUUCUCUACAGUAGGGAAGGUUCGUGAUGUGCGAAUGAUUUCGGAUAGAAAUUCCAGGCGUUCAAAGGGAAUUGCUUAUGUAGAAUUUGUUGAUGUUAGUUCAGUGCCUCUGGCAAUAGGACUAACUGGACAGAGGGUCUUGGGUGUACCAAUCAUAGUACAAGCAUCACAGGCAGAGAAAAACAGAGCAGCAGCAAUGGCAAAUAAUCUGCAGAAGGGCAGUGCUGGUCCUAUGAGGCUCUAUGUGGGAUCAUUACACUUCAACAUAACUGAAGAUAUGCUUCGAGGAAUUUUUGAGCCAUUUGGCAGGAUUGAAAGCAUUCAGCUGAUGAUGGAUAGUGAAACUGGACGCUCAAAAGGAUAUGGAUUUAUUACGUUCUCAGACUCUGAGUGUGCCAAAAAGGCCUUGGAACAACUCAAUGGAUUUGAGCUGGCUGGUAGGCCAAUGAAGGUUGGACAUGUAACUGAGCGCACUGAUGCUUCCAGUGCUAGUUCAUUUUUGGACAGUGAUGAGUUGGAACGGACUGGAAUUGACUUGGGAACAACUGGUCGCCUUCAGCUGAUGGCAAGACUUGCAGAAGGUACUGGUUUGCAGAUUCCCCCGGCUGCACAGCAGGCUCUGCAGAUGAGCGGAUCUUUGGCAUUUGGAGCUGUGGCAGAUUUGCAAACGAGACUAUCUCAGCAGAAUGAAGUUCUGGCUGCAGCUGCUUCUGUACAACCACUUGCAACACAGUGCUUCCAGCUUUCCAACAUGUUUAAUCCUCAAACUGAAGAAGAAGCUGGCUGGGAUACGGAAAUCAAAGAUGAUGUGAUUGAGGAAUGUAACAAACACGGAGGAGUUAUCCACAUCUAUGUAGACAAAAACUCAGCUCAGGGCAACGUGUAUGUCAAAUGUCCCUCAAUUGCUGCUGCCAUUGCAGCUGUAAAUGCAUUGCAUGGGAGGUGGUUUGCAGGUAAAAUGAUUACAGCAGCGUAUGUACCUCUUCCAACGUACCAUAGCCUCUUCCCAGAUUCUAUGACUGCAACCCAACUACUGGUUCCUGUUCGACGAUGAAGAUGGAUUUAGUCAGUUUUGUACAUAGUUAUUUUUUGGAGGAAGAUUGAGUUAUCUUUUAUUUAGAUAAAACUAAAGGAGAGGAUUUAAUGUCAUUUUGUGUACACUUCCUGCUACCUUUAAAAAUAAAAUGAAGUAAGCAGAAAUGCAGUGUGUUCAUUCUCCCUAACUAGCAUUUCCACUGUAUACAAAGCUGUUGACUUCUUGUUCUGCCUUGUAAUUCUUGUACAUUUACUAAGGUGAUCUGUAGGAACUGAGAAGUAGCUCAUAGAAAACAAGUUCUCUGUAAAAGGCAGAUGGGACAUAAUGGCAUUUUAGUGUUUCACAAGCCUUUCUUUUAAUGCAGCAAUUACAUUUUACAUUUCACUAAAUGUAGGUGAUCUGCUAAAGGUUAAUAUCAGAGAUAGACUUUAUGAAGGGACAUAUUUAGUGUUUUGUAUAAAUGGAAGAUUCAAAAGGCUACUGAAAGCUGACUCUAGACAGCCACUCAGCUUGCUUUGUGCUGAAUAAUUGGUAAGAAUAGAAGGAUUGAAGGGUUUUAUUUCUUGAUGGUAACUUUUGAUUAAUGUAUCUGUAAAAGUUUCUUUGUAAAUACUGUGUGAGGUGUGUCUAAGUUUCCAAACAAAACGAUCUCUGCAUUUCCAGAUAAGUUUCUAUGUAUGCAGUGUGGCACAGUUGAAGGAUUUCAGCCGAGUCUGAAAAUUGGUAGGAAAUACAGAAACAUGUUUUGUUCUGGUUGCAUAUAAUCUUUGCUCUUUUUAAGCUCUGUGAGCUCUGAAAUAUAUUUUUGGGUUACUUCAGUGUGUUUGACAAGACAGCUUGAUAUUUCUAUCAAACAAAGACUUUCAUAUUGCAACAAUCUUUGUAAGAACCACUCAAAUAAAAUUCUCUUAAAAAGGCCUUCAUGAA